AUGAUUCGACUUCUAUGUCGUGCUCCCGGCAUCAUUUUUAUGAAUACCAUUUACUUCAAGAGAACUUGGAAAAAGCCAUUCAAUAAAUCCCUCACUGUACCACGUCCUUUUCACGCAAUCAACAAUCACACGGUCGACGUACCAACUAUGUACACACUCGGACGUUUUAAACACGGCCGGAUUGAUGCUUACAAAGCCCAGUUCGUUGAAUUUCUUUACGCAAGUAAUGACAAAAGCGACACGAUGAGCAUGUUCAUAAUACUGCCGGACGAUUGUGUGUACAACGUUUGGUCACCGCUGAUACCGGCACUAGAGCCUGAGACCUUAAUGGAGAAGUUUUCGAACAGCACGGAGAAGGAUGUCGAAGUUUAUUUGCCGCAAUUCAGAAUUGAAACUGACCUUCGAUUGGAUUCAAUAAUUGGCUGGUUCUUCCAUUCGUGGUUCCGUGCCAGUUUGAUAGCCAAAGAUUCGAGAGUUCUCGAUCCAUCGAUAUCGCUGAAUGUCACUAAAACCAAAACAAAAGUUGUGAUCGAAGUCGACGAAUCUGGUCAAGAAACAGCUGGAUCAACCGGAGUGUUUUAUAAUACAACCGAGCCUGCGACAUCAGAUCGAAAAACUCGAUCCGUUCCUCAGGGAGUUACACAAUUUAAAGUGGAUCAUUAUUUCGUCGCAGUUUGUAUAGUGAAGGGGAAAAUCCACACUGAAGCCUUUUACUUUCAUUCCACCGGCAGGAUUGACACGAGCGGUUUGCUCAAAAGUUUCAAAAUCCUCGACACUAAACCACCGAUACUUUGGAUCAAAAUUUUGGAUCGGACUAAAAAGUACUUGGAAUGGUUGAUUGAAGUGACAAGGCUCUCGAGCGACUAA